CAGCGAAUUUGUAGGGUGAUUCAUAACGUGAUAUCCACAGACUCGACAGACAGAUAUUGUAAGGACAUCGGAAAGGUUGUGUAUUGACCGCAUUCAGUCAGCACGUUUAAUUGUGAUUUUUUUUUUCUACAUUGGUUGGAAUAUGUAUCAACAAAAGUGACGAGAAGAAAUUAAUUAUAUAAUAUAUUCAAACUUGUAGUGGAAUGACAGUGCCUAUAGGCAGUAGUGAUUAGUUAGUAGUUAGUGUUCAUUGGUGACCAUGCCUCCUCAGUCAAUGAUGGACCAUAAUACUAAUCUACUACCUACGCCAUGUACUGAAGACUCACAGGCUGCACGUGUGAAAUGUGUUUUACUUGGGGACGGAGCUGUGGGGAAAACCAGCCUCGUGGUCAGCUAUACCACAAACGGAUACCCCACGGAGUACACCCCUACCGCUUUCGACAAUUUCUCAGUUGAGGUAAAGGUUGAUCAGACACCAGUACAUUUACAACUUUGUGAUACUGCAGGACAGGAUGAUUUUGAUUCGCUGCGGCCACUGUGUUAUCCAGGGACAGAUGUGUUUCUGCUGUGUUUCAGUGUUGUGACUCCCACAUCUUUUCACAAUGUGGCAGAAAAAUGGGUGCCAGAAAUUCGAAAACACUGUCCCAAAGCUCCUAUUGUUUUGGUCGGUACACAAUGUGAUCUGCGGAAUGAUGUGAAAGUGUUGAUAGAACUUGCUCACUACAAAGAGGAGCCUGUGCCUGUUUCAGAAGCUCAGAGAAUGGCAGAAGACGUGGGGGCUACAUAUGUAGAAUGCUCAGCUCUUACCCAGAAAAACUUGAAAGAAGUGUUUGACACUGCCCUUCUCUGUGCUCUUAAAUUAGCUGACCCAUUAAAACGAAACAAAUCAACUUGCCAAUCCAAGAAAACUUCCAAGAAAACAGAAACUAUUACACCAAAAAGUACAGAUGAUGGCCCACAACACAAGAAAGGGGGGUGGAAAAAAUUCUGCUGUUUUUUAUGACCCAGGUUAUCUCCAUCACGAAACAUCCAAUCAUAUCUCUAAAAUUUAAUUCAGUCAUAGCUCAGAUCACAAAUGAUUUCAUCCUAUCACAGACCUUUGCUUUGUAUUCAUAUUCUGCAUGGAAUCAUCCAAGUUCUAACAUUUUAAUUCACACUGAGUAAGAAGCUCAGUAACAGUGAAAAAAAUUGAACUCCUUGAUCUACUGAUCAUUCUAUAAUGAAAAUAAUUAAAUUGCUAGAAGUUUGAAAGAUUGUAAAUUCUGAUAAACAGAACUGGUAUUUCAACUGAUGCUUUAGAUAGCCUAUUUUACAAUGUGAAAGGAAUGGUUUUAUCAUAGGAAAUCAAAGACACAUUAUGCUUUUAUACAUAUCAAUAUUUAUGAAUGAUAGAUAUGUCAAUCAUAUAUUCAUUUAAUUUAUUUUGUGAAGACGAUUUUUAUGCCCGAGUUGAGGAAAAGUGUCUGUGAUGAAAGAAUUAGAGAUUAUUGUGUAUUCAUGCAUAGAUUUCAAUGUGCAAUUUAAGGUGAACACUUGUCCCAAAGAGCUUCUCAUGGGAAUAGUUUGUUUGCUUUCUAUUUUUCACUGCUUUUUGUACAGUAACCUUGUACAGAGAGAAAAUCUAGGUCACAUAGAAGUGAUUAUUCAAAACAAUAACUUCUGUUGCUUUGUACAGGACUUCAAACCUCCAUACUGGAUGUGAUAAUCAUGAUAAACUAUAUCCCUAUGACACGCUUUAGUAUUUUGUUUGGGAGGACUUAGGAAAAAUCGUGGGAAAGGGUUUUCUGCUUUUGGUGCUUUUUCCUGUAUGUUUUGUUUUGGUAUUUUAAUAUAUUUUUUUUCAUUGCAAAGAAGAUUUAUCACACAACACAAACAGACGACACUUGAAUGGGAUACAUUGUUUGGUCACGGUUGAGUAGACAAUCAGAUCAGAUUAGAGUGUAUAUCAUUUCAAAUCUAGGGCUUUUUUUUACCCAGAAGUGUAAAUUGCUGGAUUUGAGAUAGGAUUGUGAAAACUUCCCACUCCUAUGAUUUGAGAUAAUUACCAAUUUUUAAACUGACAAGAUUCUCAUCAAAAUUGUGUGCAAUAUGCAGAACUUUAGAACACUUGCAUAGUGAUGACAGUUGAACAAGAUGGUUUGCACCCUUAUGGAGAAUAGUAAAUAUGAUAUAGGAUAAUCAGUACAGACAUCUCUUUAGAUAAAAAUGUUGACCAAUAUGAAAUUCCUUGGUCUAACUUGAUCGAUUUCAGUGUGUUCGAGACUGUAGUUCUUAUGAUAAGAUGUACUUUUCAAAUAAAUUUUAUCUGAUUUUUUACUAGUCAGUACUAAUGGUAUUCAUUUACUGCCAUGGAUAUAAAUAUCUUUAUGUAACGUUCUGGACGUUGUCAGAUAUCUGACAUAACGGAGGCGAAUAUUUUUUGAUUGGUGAAGGUGCUGAACUUUAUGUCUAAUUUGUACUUAUGACAACUGGAAAUUACCAUGACAACUUUGUGUGAAAAGAAAUAAACUUCUCUUUUUGUUUGUCAGAUAGUGAGAAUUCCAAUCCGUGUUUAUGUUGCGUCAAGAUACACAAACAGAUUUAUUGCACUCUGUACAGGUUCUCUUAUUAAUUUGCGUGGCCACUCGGCACUGAUGUCAGUGCUUUCAGGUCGCUUGAUCAUAAUGAUAAAUUGGUGCUCUGACAACGUGAGCCUAACCCACGGUAGGAUUUUUGAUACCAUUUUGUACACUAUAGUUCUGUUUGUAUGAUAAUAAACCAUCUGUAAUGAUGAGAAUUCCCCGAGAAAUGGCACGUUGAUACUCAUGUUAAACAUAUUCACUAGACCAAAGCAUCAUUAAUUUUCAGUACCUUCGUUGUUCCUCCGUAUUUCAUCAGGUUUUGAUAUCAUUAUUUCGGGGGUGUUUAACAAGAAAUCAAUAAUUAUCAUAUGAAAUGUGGCCUUGUAGGGUGACAGGGACACGAGUUCUCAUUGUAAACGUCAUUUCUGCUGUGAAAUUUGUCUUCAAUGUUGUGUGUAAAAAUUGCAGAAGUAGAAUGGAAAAAAGCAAAAGAACUUUGCACGUUUUUGUUAUAUUUUUGUUAAGUGCCUUAUGGCCCUGUUAACGUUGUUAUAUAAUCGUCAACUGUCUUUCAUUCUCCGUUUUUGUUCAAAUAUUUGCACUACUCAUUAAUACUAGAGCAUAGUCUCUUGUGUUUCAGUGUUCAUAAAACAUUUUAUGACAGAAACAUUGUGCAAACUGGACAUUGUAUCUUUCAAACUUAACACUGUUUAGCAAUAGAAGAAAUGCAGAGAAACUGUACAAACUGUUGAAUGUUUUAAUAAAAUACAUGUAAUUAUUCUUGCA